UCGUACUCGGUCAUGUAAAACAGCCUUAAAUAGAAAAGGACAGAGAUACGUGUGUCCUUUUUCCAUCAUUACAUUCAAUAUUUAUCGAAUGUAUUGUGCAUAGGACUUAAAAAGUAGCAUUCUGGCAAGGAAAAUAAAUUCAGAGCAGAAGAUUCAAAAAAUGGCUGUAGAUAUCUCAGUAGAAAAGGACAAUGGAGUCCUGAAAGAAAUCUUAAAAGAGGGAGAAGGCGAUGAAGUUCCAGCAGCGGGAUGUGUCGUUAAGGUUCAUUAUACCGGUACUUUACUAGAUGGAACGAAGUUUGAUUCUAGUAGAGAUCGUAAUGAACCAUUUUCCUUUGAACUCGGCGAGGGAAGAGUGAUAAAAGCAUGGGAAAUUGGAACAGCCACUAUGAAGAAAGGCGAAGUUUGCGUACUUACCUGUGCUCCAAAAUACGCUUAUGGACAAGGAGGAAGUCCACCAAAAAUUCCUCCUAAUGCAACCCUUAAAUUUGAGAUAGAAAUGUUAAGCUGGACUGGCAUGGAUAUAAGUCCAGACAAGGAUGGUAGUAUUGAAAAAAUUCUGUUACGGAAGGGAAUUGAUGCGACAAGUCCAAAUGACGGAGCUCUAGUGAACGUUCACUUGGUGGGAAAAUGCGAGGACAAAAUUUUUGAAGAAAGAGAUGUUCAGUUUAAUCUUGGUGAAGGAGAAGAUUCCGGAAUAAUUAAAGGAGUAGAAAUAGCAUUAGAAAAGUUUAAGAAUAAAGAGCAUGCUAAACUUAAAAUUAAGAGCAAGUAUGCAUUUGGAAAGAAGGGAAAAUCUGAAUUUGAUAUUCCUCCAGAUACGGAUGUAACAUAUGAAGUAGAACUGCAAAGUUUUGAAAAGACUCCUGAUACAUGGUCAAUGGAUAAUCCGCAAAAAAUUGAACAAGCAAAGAUCCUUAAAGAAAAGGGUACGAAUUACUUUAAACAAAAUAAAUUGACUCUCGCUAUUGAAAUGUACCGAAAAAUCGACAAUUAUAUUGUCUACGACAAACUUUUUAAUGAUGAACUGAAAAUCGAGAGGGACAAUAUUUUACUAGCAACUUAUUUAAAUCUUGCACUUUGCUAUCUAAAAGUUGAAAAAUUUGUAGAUGCAAAAGACUAUUGUAACAAAGCAUUGGAAAUUGAUGCCAAUAACGAAAAGGCACUUUUUCGACGAGGACAAGCGUAUCUUGCCUUAGCGUCACCUGAAAUAGCGAUUAAAGACUUUCAGGAAGUAGUCAAAAUUGAACCAAAUAAUAGUGCUGCUGUGAAACAAAUAUCUGCCUGUAAUAAUCUUAAGAAGAAGCAGCUGGCUGCUGAGAGGAAACUUUAUUCAAAUAUAUUUGCCACUAAAGAGAAUAAUGAGAAUUCUGAGAAACAGUGAUAAUUUUUUUUCAAGUACAGUAAAACGAUUGAAGUAGAAACGACUUCUACAGAUGAAAUAAAACUAGCAAGAAUUUUUUUAUAUUCCAUAAAAACACGUUUCUUGUAACGCGAACAAAUGAAAAAAAGGUUUUAUUGAAAAUUGUCUUUAAUAAAUUUUACAGAAUUUGAUAAAACUAA